AUGGCGUUUCUCGCCAGGUGCACAACUCUCCUCCGCCGCUACUACCACGAUGCUCCAAAUCCUUCAAUCUCACCUCAAUUAGAUCACGAAAACAGUGGUUACAAAUUCCUCUUCCGCAUUCAUCCGAGUUGUAGCGGGAAGCGAUGGAUCAGUACCAGCACCGACUCGACUCCUCCUGAGUUCGCGGGAAAAAACGCCUACGACCUCCUAGGGGUGUCCGAGACCAGCUCAUUCGCCGAGAUCAAGGCUUCUUUUCGUAAAUUGGCCAAAGAAACCCACCCCGACCUCGCUCAAUCGCCCAAUGAUUCCUCUACUUCCAAUCAGUUCAUUCAAAUUCUCGCAGCUUACGAGAUAUUAUCAGAUUCUGAGAAGAGGGCGCUUUAUGAUCGUUAUCUUUUGUCUCAAAGAACACUUGUUCAAAGACAUUCUAGACAAGGUACACUAGUGUACAAAUAUGAAUUUCAUAGAGCAACAGUGAAGCAGAUGGAAGUUGUUGAGUGGUUGAGAUGGUAUAGAUGUGCCAUAAAUGACAUUUUGUCAGAGAAAAGGGUGGUAAUUGCCUCAGGCUAUUUUGAUGUACUGGAAAGGGAUUUCUAUUCAGCCAUACAUGCUGCGUACUAUGGCCCUGAGAUUGAGUCCUUAGAUCUUCUUCCCGACCGUUUUGAAGCUGAGGAGAGGUCUAUAUCUGAAACUCCUGAGGUGCUGCAUUUGGUUUCAGGUCGAGACCUUUUUGGAAUGGUAUGCAUAGCAGCCAAGGUUCCUGAAUUAUCACAUGUAUUUAAGGGAAAACUUGUGUCUUUUACAUCUGUGGGUUCAGACUCGUACCAUUCUGUUGAUAAUGAGGGCACUCGAAUGAACUCUGGCAUAGCUGAUGUUGGAACAAGUCAGAUGCAAUCCAAAGGUAUUGAUCAUCAGGCAUCUGAUGCAUAUAAAGAUCUACAAUUGCAGAUAGCAGGGCAGGUUGUUGCUACAGCCAUUAGAGUCCCACCUAGGAGUUAUUGUGAUGGGUUACAGAGAGAAGAUUCUCACGAUCACAUACAUGUGUAUCUCAGCUCAAAUGCAGUGUCUGUGAGUCAGGGGUCUCUAAGAGAUUCCUUUGUGGGUGAUGCAGUUGGAUCUUGGAUCCCACUAGGAGCAAUAACUGGAUUAGGGACAAGCCCUGACGAAGGAUCUUGCUUUGUCUACAAUAACAGGGGUGUUAAAACCCAUGUGAUUAUAAAGCACAGAACGUUGCUGGUGUGUUUACUUGCUCCUUUUAAAUUUCUGUUCUUUUGUAUUUUAUUCUUGUUAAAUUCAAAAUGGUAUUCCUAUUCCAAAAAUAUACCUUAUUGUAUUAUUUUCAGUCUGACCUUUGCAUUACUGUUGCGAGGGAGGCAAAAGCUUGGCAUUUCAAUGGUAAAACACAUGCACUGGUAUCAAGUGGCAGAUGAGGUUUCUGUUUGUGAGUGCAGAUGCAGUAGAGCCCGGCUACCACCAAGCAAGGUUCAAGUUGGUAGGAGGAGUGGAGUAUUGAAGACAAAGUUGAGGAAGGAGGGAGGCAUUAGAGAGGUGACAUUAUCUUUCCAUCCGUUUGUUUAGUCGACCAUGGGAAAGAAAGGCUUGCUAUACUACCAUAAUUUCCAUUAUUCUAUACUUGGUAACACAUGGAUGUUGUCAGAAGGCAAAAAUAUAAAAUUAACGGGUUUCCUUCUUUCCAUCCUCCUCUAUGUUCAAUUUGGGAUGGGAAAAAAUGGACCUGGAGGACUUAAGAGUGCCUGUUUCUUUGUCUUUCAUUUUCUGUUGCCUUCAUAACAAACAAUAAAAACUCUCCCUUCCCCUGUUUCUUCCUCCCAGUUUCUCUCCUACAAAACAGAACAUAAGUAAAUUACCGUGCUUAUCAUUUUUUUUGUGUAUCCUGUGUGAGAAUAUUAUUUAGUUGGUCUUCUCUAUGUUCGAUAAUGCCAUACGUUCUAUUAGAUAUGUUCAUCAAUCUGGCUGGUGGGCAAUUACAUUCUGUAAAAAAAAUCAGAAUACGUCCUUCUAUAAUUUGGUCUAAAAUCUAAACUCCAGAGUGAAUGGAUUUUGUGACAAAACAGAUGGGCAUAG